AUGGAGGAUGUCACACAAGCGGAGAAGGAGGACGAUGACCAGGUUGGAGAGGAGGAACAAAAUCCCCUCUGCCCUACUAUCCCUUUCACUGCUGCUGAGAAGAUUCGUUGGCGGAGGGAGUGGCGCUCGGCCCUGGUGGUUAAAGGCCUAGGUCGAAACGUCCCCUACAUCCCGCUUGUCCGCCGGCUGAAUAGUUUAUGGAGAAAGCAUGGGGAACUGCAGGUUUCGGACAUGAAAAACGGUUGCUAUCUGGUGCGCUUUCGGCAUCGGGAAGACUAUGAACUUGCGGUUAACAGUGGGCCUUGGUUACUGGGAAACACAUACCUAACAGUGUCAAGGUGGUAUAAAGGCUUUAACCCCUGGAAAUCUGUAGUCAAGUCAGCUAUGGUCUGGGUCCAAUUGCCGGAGUUACCCAUUGAAUUCAUCAACAAAGAAGCUGUCAUGAAGAUCGCACAAUUCAUUGGGGUACCAAUCAGGGUGGACCGGGCAACGGAAAGUGGGGAUCGCGGGAAGUUUGCAAGGGUGUGCGUCGAGGUCGAUCUAACCAAACCGCUGUUGUCCCAGUAG